UAGGUAAAGAACUACGACGAACCAGACCGUGGCGUACAGAAUGGCGUUGGCCAGGCUAGACGUCACAAUAUACAUUGAUUGUACAGAAAGUACUGUGUAUGACGAAAGUUCUAUUUAUCAAAAUGGUGAUAGCCACUAGAUAAACAAACAAUGAAUCACGCAUUCUAAAUUCAUCUACAUACGAGUGAGACCUCGGGUAACGAUGGAGAGCGAUACUCAAAGCAAACUUUUCUUGGAACGUUAACAGUGUGAGAUCAUAGUUUUGUGGGUGCAAAUCGAAAGUGAUUAUCAAGAUGAGUUCUGGUGACGGUGGAGCCGACGCCAGCAACGGGUGGCACGAAUGUGCGAAGUGGUUGACAAGGUGCGGGGCACUGCGGAGUGACCACAAAGCCAACUGGCCAAGUGCUACCGCUUUCGACCUAGCGUACACCCUUCGUGACGGUGUCUUGUUAUGCAAUUUGCUAAACGCAGUGGAUCCUGGUUGUGUUGAUAUGAAAGAUGUCAACCAGAAGCCCCAGCUUGCGCAGUUUCUUUGCCUCCGCAACAUCAAGAUAUUCCUCUCAGCGUGCUCAUCAGUUUUUGGCCUGGCUGACUCUGAGCUAUUUGAACCAUCGAUGCUAUUCGAUUUGUCCAAUUUUCAUCGUGUACUGUGCACCCUCUCAGCUCUAUCAAUCUGCCCACGACUAAGACGUAAAGGAAUUGAGGGUUUUUACAUUGGAAGAGAUCAUGCACAAGAAGAUAUUUACAAAGAUUUGCAAAGCGCAGGCGUUGGGCGGGAGGACGAGGGCCGACGCAGACGGUUUAGAAGACGAGAAGGUGAAGAGGCGGGUGUUGGGGGGCAUAGCGACGAUGCUGUAGAAGAAGAUGGGUAUGGAGAUUACUGCACCCAUGCUCAAAACGAAGAAAUCUACCAGGACCUCUGUAGCUCACGCCUGCCUCCGCCUCCGAGUAUCACACAGGGGGUGGCAGCGACUGGGGGUGAAAAGUACGAAUAUGUUGUCAAAGAGCUAGUCGAAACUGAGCACAACUAUUCAGAAGUGCUGGGAAGUUUACUGAAGCAUUUUGCUCGGCCCCUGGCAUCAAUCCUGCAUCCUGAAGAGUCUGCACGGAUUUUUUUCGGCAUAAAAGAGCUCUCUGAAAUUCAUUCAGGCUUUCACAGUCAGUUACGUAAAGCACGUCAUGGGGCAGAACUAGGACAAGUCUUUCUUGACUGGCGGCAAAAAUUUUUGAUUUAUGGAGACUAUUGUGCCAACCUGACUGCUGCCCGAAAUACUGUGCAAGAUGUUUGUGCUAGAAAUGAACUGAUCAAUCAAGAAGUAAUUCGAUGCCAGAAGGAAGCUAACGACGGAAAAUUUAAACUCCGUGACAUAUUAUCAGUUCCAAUGCAAAGAGUUCUGAAGUAUCAUUUAUUGUUGGAAAAAUUAGUGGAAGAAGCACCACGAGAUUGGAUUGACCAUCGUCGCCAACUUGAAAAAGCCAGAGAAGCCAUGGUUGACGUAGCACAAUACAUAAAUGAGGUGAAACGCGACUCGGACACAAUAGAAAUCAUUCGGGAUAUUCAAGCUUCUAUUGUAGACUGGGAUGCUGCAAAUGUAAAACUCGAGGCCUUUGGACGUUUACUGAAAGACGGAGAGCUAAAGGUCAAACCACAUGACGAUCAGCGGAGUAAAGCAAGAUGGGCAUUCGUGUUUGAACAAGCUGUAGUAAUUUGCAAGGCUGGAAGGGGAGAUCAGUAUUGCUACAAGGAAACAUUGCGCCUAGACGACUAUAGAUUAGAGGACCGUAUUGAAAGACGUACCUUAGGACGAGAUGCUCGAUGGUCUUUUCAAUGGCUCUUGGUACACAAACAAGGUCAAACGGCGUAUACUUUAUAUGCUCGGACUGACGAUCAGAAGCAAACAUGGAUUAAAGCCCUUCGAGAUGCGAUGGACAAUGUUAAUCCGGCCGCAUGUAAAUCCACCGAUCAUAAAUUUCGAUUAACCACUUUCGACACCGCGAUCUCCUGUCAGCAUUGUGGAAAAUUUCUGAAGGGACGAAUCUUCCAGGGGUAUAGAUGCUCAGAGUGUCAUUACGCGGUGCACAAACAAUGUAUCACUUAUUCCGGCCGAUGCAUGCCCACACCACCUUCUCCACCCCCGCCGCCACCUUCGCCUUGUGAACGUGCGUUAUCUACGAAACUAUGGUUUGUGGGUGGCAUGGAGAGAAAAGUGGCAGAUCUGAAGUUAGAACAUCGAGAAGACGGUACCUACAUGUUACGAGUUCGAAAUUUAGACCAGCCUCGCCUAGAACACGAAACUAAAUAUGCGCUUAGCAUCAAGGCAGAUGGAGCCGUGAAGCAUAUAAAAGUGUUUAAACGAGACGUAGAAGGUGCUCCACUAUUUUAUCUCAGCGAGUCGCGUUAUUUCAAGAGUGUUGUCGAUUUAGUCGAGCACUAUGAACGAGCUUCACUAGGGGAAAAUUUCGAUAGUUUGGAUCAGCGAUUACUAUGGCCUUUCAGACGGGUGUUAGCCAAGGCACUGUUUGACUUUAAAGCAGAACAAUCCAAUCAGUUGAGUCUGCGUCAAGGCUACAGAGUAGUGGUGCUCAGUAAGGAAGGAGAUGCUAAGGGCUGGUGGAAAGGUAAAAUAGGUAAUCAAGUGGGAUUUUUCCCAAAAGAAUAUGUUGCCGAAGAUUAGAUUCCAAUAAUUCAAAUCAAUUCUAUGGAUAAUCAAUAUCUGAAUUCUCAGUGUAACAGUACAAUAACUGCAUACAAGUUUGGUUUAGAGUUAUUGUAUAUCAUAAGACUGUUGAUAAAUCGUUUUCUUCUUAAGUGUCAUUUGAAAUUCCUGGUAAUAUAAGAAAUUGAAUUAAUUGGUAAUAAAGCUUAAUUAAUAUACUACGUCAGUAACAAAAUUAUGUUUACGUUUUCGAUUCAGCAUGUAGUCGUUUUAUUGGCAUAAAACUUGACUUACUGUUGUCAAACUCUUGUAAUCACAUGAUAAAUGUCUGCCAUUAUAUGUAUAUUUUUAAUUGUAAAAUGACCAUAAACGUAUUAACCUACGUUCUGACUAACAAUGUGAAAAUUUUAUUCAAAUCAUUUGCUGUUGUGAACAGUGAUACUACGAACGUCGGGUAUAUUAUAUAUAAA